AUGAAGCUGGCCCAGGGAAUGUUCCAGAAUGUCUGUCCAGGCACAAACUUGCCUGCUUGUCUGCGAGACCAUUGCAUGUGCAUGUUUGCGUGUGCUACUUUUGAGUCUGUCUCGUUGGCCUGUUGUCCUCCACUCGGUCUCACCUUACACGACUGGCCAGCGUCUGCACACACUUGGCCCCAUUCCUUCAGUCUCCCAGACGAUUUCGCCGCUAAUCUCUCCGAGCCCUGCUUCGACAAAUACAAGCACUGGUGGUCACGGCAACGCGAUUCCGUCUCCACGACACAUCUUUUAACCGACCGGUCAGUCUGGUUUUAUGAGCGCUCCGUCGUCUGUCUGGGAAAAGGGCAAUCGAGAUCGUCCCUACACCUUGCUCUGUGCAGCCUCAGCCAUUGUCAGACUCGAAUUAAUUGGUUUCCGCUGUCCGACGCUCAAAUUACACACCCCUUUUGUGCCGCCGUAGACCCAGUCCGGUCGUCAUUGCAGGCAAUUUAA